AUGAGUUACUACUACUUGAUAUCACUCCUUACCAUACUCUCUUCCUUUCUCUUCCAAACCUCCUUCUCGACCGAGCCCUACCUCACCUACAUAUGCACCGGCUCGAACUACACAGAAAACAGCCAGUUCGGGAAAGACCUAAACUGUCUCAUGCAAGAUCUCAACAAAGUAAACGGGACGGAUAAUGGGGGGUUCCGAAACGCCUCUUCGGGCCAGGCCUAUGGUCUGGCCCAAUGCCGCGGCGAUGUCAAGCCCGAUGACUGCCACGCGUGCAUCAACACAACCACAUCAGACCUCACAAAAACACAGUGCCCCGGAAGACGCAGAGGGAUCAGCUGCGGAACUGCGGAAAAAUUGUUGCGAGACCUGGCGAAAAAGGCUCCUGUGGCCAGAAAACCGAACAUGUUCGCGGAGUGUACGGCCGAGCUGCCCGAAAAAGAGAGUGGGAACAGGACGCUGUACGGAAUGGCACAAUGCAGCAUGGACCUCUCGCCGAAAAAGUGCACGAGCUGCCUGAACCAGGCCGUGAGCACGCUUUCGGCGUGCUGCACGAGAAAUAUUGGCGGGAGGGUUUAUUACGGGAGUUGUAUCAUGCGAUACGAGAUUUAUCCUUUCCUCGGAAAGUGA